CCGUAUCAUAAGUUUCUUUGGCGAGUGAAUGUGACAGACAAGAUCACCUUCUCUAAUUUCCUGCCACACAUUACCCUCGACCUCAUUCACCUUUUUUUUUUUUCAUUCAUUCAAUUCUCCCCCCACUCCCUCCUCCUCUCUCUCCCCUCUUCCACCCUUCCUCCCUCCCACCUAUCCUGCGACACGUCACUUUCAGUUUCGGAUACUCCUCACACGAUAAUGGAUGCCACGGAUCCCAGCGCUCAACAUGCGCCUGCAGGGAACACCGUUCGGAGGCGUAAAACUGACCAAAGCACGGUAAAUCCCAUAGAGGCGACAGUGACGAAGCUGCUCGUGGCGACAAAGCAACUACUUGAAGGCUUGACCCUCUGGUCUAAUCGGAAAAUGACCGAGGAGCAGGUCUCUGACAUCUUUGUCCAGCUCGCCACGCAAUUCAAUCUGGCAAGCCAGGCCUUUCACGAGGUCCAGAUUGACACAAGUGAGCUCGCACAUAUCCCGGACGACUUGAGGAAUUGUCUAGAGACGGCCCUGGGAGAGGAGCCAUCGCCAUCGUCGCUCGACCAAUACCUGCCGCGGAUUAAAGAGGUCAUUAUCAAUCUCUUACAGGGUCUGCGUCUCAAACAGAAUAUGUAUCGCGAGCAGCACGAAGCAAAGGCGGGACGUUUACAGGCAAUCGUCAAUGCCUCUGGAAGAUCCAAGAGCAGUGGCGCCAGCUUUCGACAACCCAAUGGGACAGCAAAGUCCGCGGAAAGGGACGGUGGACUGAUCCCUACAGGCGCCGCCGCCCCUAUGUUCUCCAUCUCCUCCCCAAGCGACGAGCAAGGGCACGCCGAAACCAUGGCAUCGCUCCGUAAGAGUGAUGCUAUCACAAGGCGCGCCUCCUCUCGACGCCACUCUCAACGAUUCUCGACUUUACUGGAGCAGAAUGCGCCUCCAGUUCCUCGUCGGAAUCCCAUGACCGACCCCACAAUGCUGUCCUCCUAUUCGGGGUAUACCAGCUCACAGGGGUCGACUCCAGCGACAAGCCCGAAUGCUUUCUUGCAAUAUGGCCAGUUUCCAUUCAUGCCAAUACAUGACCAUCCUGGAAGCCCGGCUUUACCUUCCCCUGGCCUGAACCGGUCAUUGGACGGCAUGCCUUUGCCGCCAACGAAACCGAUGCCUCCUCUCCCUCCUCCUCCACCUCCCUCCUCAAGCAUCUUACAGAGUAUUCCGUCUUCACCGUCCUCACCACUCUUGGGCUCGUCCUCCAUGACGCAUACCACGUUGGUAUCUGAGGCAGCACAAUUGCCAUACCCGCCUGUUGUAGGCAAUGGAUCUGUAGAUGUAAUUCACGGCCCAGCAGCCCCAACAGCAUUAAGCUUUGCGGACGCCUCCAGUGUAUUAUCACCCCCAUUGACCGAUGGCCCAGAUCAGCACGAUAAAAGCCUGACGCUGUUCCUUCAGGUCGGAAAGAGCGUGAAGAAAACCAGGUUUGAGGGCGAAUUAACCCAUUCUGGACUUCGGAUGCUCUUCAUGGAGAAAUUCCAGUACAAUCCCGGACAGGAGGACUUUCCCACGAUCUACGUCAAGGACCCCAACACCAAUAUUCAUUACGAGCUCGAGUCAUUGGCGGAUGUGAAGCAGAACGCGUUCCUGUCCUUGAACGUCGAUGACCUGGAGAAUAUUCAGCGCAAGAUGGAUCAGGGCUUCGCUGCGCUUUCAAAGGAACUAAGCGAGAUCAAAAAAGCUCAUGAGGCUGCGGAAUCAGCGCGACAAAAGGCAGCCGUCGCAGCGAUGGCCAACCACCUUCCGGAGCGUGGCUCAGCCUCGAACGCGGAGCAUUCACCAAUACUCCGAUCUGUGGUCCAAAAGGCCCUGGCCAGGAGCAAGACUCUGGGAUCGGCAUCCUCGACCGCUGCUGCUGCCUUAAAUGCAGCCGCCACAACCACAACCACACAGGGCAAAGUUUCGGCCGCAGAACUCAAGUCGCAUUAUGAUGAAGUCCAGACAUUACGACGUGAUCUGGGCACUGUGCGGCAGUUGUACUCGGAACUCCAGAGCGAGACAAAGACCAUGCUCGGUAAUCUGGCCGGCUACACGACUCAGAUCCGGAAGCAGGCGUUUGAGCAGCCAGUUUCGUCCAGGGUGUUUAUUGAAUCGGGCAAAGUCAAGCUGGACAAGAUGUCGGAGGAUCUGACGAACAAGAUUGAAAAUCUACAGGAUGUGGUCGAGGAUAUGAAGAUCAAUGUGACGCAGAGGCGUGGUCGGCCGAGUGACAUCUCCAUUGCGUUUGUGGACAAGCAGUGUGAGGAAAUUGGAAAGGAAAUUGAGGAACUCUCGGACUUUAUUCAGUCAUUACGUCCUUCAUGGAAGAAGACCUGGGAGGUGGAACUGCAGACGAUCGUCAAGGAACAGAUGUUCUUGAAGGAGCAGGAGGCGCUGUUGGAGGAUCUCAAGGAGGAUCGUAGCUCACUCACGCAGACCCUCAGCAAUCUUAAGAAGGUCUUGGAGCUGCAGCUCAAGACCGGUGGGGGGUCGCGCGAGUUUGUAUUCCAACCUGUACCGGAUGAGGGUUUCCAGGGACUCAAGACGGUGAUGGAGGAAGUGAAGUUGAUUGAGCCGGACUCGGACAAGCGACUGAGGGCGAUGGCGCAGAUGGAGAAGCUGCGACAUAUCGAACUGUCAAACCGGAUCGAUGAGUUUGAGGAGGAGCUGACAACGUUCGUGGGUGCAAGUAAGCUGCGAAAGACGGGGGGUGCGCUUGAGGUGGAGAGACAGCGACAGCAGCGAGACCUUGAGAACUUGAAGGCCAUGUUUGCAAAGAAGAGCGAGGAGCAAGCCCCGAUACAAGAAGAAGUGAUACAAGAGGAAGUGAAUGUGCCAGCCAGCGGAGAUCCCGCCGUAGUACAAGCGGCAGAUGAUGAGGCAACAUUGUUGCCUGGACAAUAAAGCGGUGGUUUUGCCUGUGGCUACAUUUUAUUCUUUUAUCUUUUUUAUUUUUUGCCGUGCAGUAUUUUCUGCCGCUAUUCAUCUGUGUGGAACAACUCAUCCCG